CGUGUAGGUGGGCUGGAGACUGGAGCCUGGAAAGGCUGGAGUGCGGGUGCUCAGUAGCUCGCUAGACCUGGCCAGGUGAGGUGUGUACCGCUGAUCCCGGAGCUGGCAAGGCUGGCAGGGCAGCUGGUCGGCGCCGUGAGGCUGGCCUGGGCCCGCUGCCGCCAUGGACGAAAGUGAGACUGAGGCAGCAGAGACGGAACCUCUUGUGCGUCACGGGAGCAGCAGUGAUGUGGCAGCCAGGCGAGGCGUCGUGAGUACGAAUCGUUCACCAGGUCGUCCACACAUCAGGCCUCGUCUCUCACUUGUCCCCGAGACUAAUGAGAAGAGCACCGAAGAUGACCAGGACUCAGGCCAGCACCCGCCUGUAGGAGGGACUGAUAACAACAAGUCCCCCACGCCCCUCUGUCCCAUCUUCGGUGUAAAGAAUUACCUCCAUCAGUUCUAUGAGAAACAGGACAUCAGUAACCCGGCGCUGUACGAGGACCUCCUACCGGGUGAACAAGUGUUCCUGGUGAAGCAAGGUGACGGUGGGUGUUCCUCGUCAGUGUUCCGCCUCUCCCUGGCGCUGGGUGGCCUCCUGUUGCUCUUCGGCGUCGUCGCCUUCGUCGUCGCUGCCUGUGCCGCCCGCAGGAUCGUCGUCGUCGGCCAGGACGGGGAGGUCUCGGUGGUGGACCGGGUGGCGUCAGUACACAACGCUCAGGUGGACGCCCUACUGCUGGUGGGUCUCGUCGCCGUCACUCUGGGCUCCACUGUUGUCGCCGCCGCUCUCAUAUCCCGCACCUUCUGCUCCCGGCCUGACGAACCUCCUUAUCCAUUCCGGAUGAGUCAGUAUGUGCUGGAGCCGCCGCCACUAUCACCAACGGAUAACAAAGUGCCAGUAACCGAGAGACUAACACAGGUACAGCCAACCUGGGGCCUCCCGACCUACACCAGCGUCACUAACGUUAUGCCUCUUCCCUGACUCCUACAGCUGCCGCUCUCAAAACAAGGGGCGAGAGAGCGAUUUGUUUCCGCUGAGAGAUGAGAACCAAAAAUAUAGAUCUUUCUCAUUACGUCCAAGGGGCUAGAGGUCAUAUUUCUGCUGAGAGAUGAGAACAAAAGUAUAGAUGUUUCUCACCACGUCCAAGAGGCUAAAAUGAUUUGUUUCCGCUGAGACAUGAGAACAAAAGCAUAGAUCUUUCUCACCACGUCCAAGGGGCUAGAGGGGGGCUUAUUUCCGCUGAGAGAUGAGAACCAAAAUACAGAUGUUUCUCACCACGUCCACAAAACCAAAAUAUAUCAAGUUAACUUACUAUCUAACAUUAAAUCCUUCAGUAAAAAGACCUAGAUGCAAAUUAACACGAAAAGCUGAAUAGAAAAAAUAAGGAAUAUUAACCUCUCACAGUAAAUAUAAUAACAGGAAAUAUUUAACAACGAUGCAUGUUUUUUGUCUUUAUACUGGAAUUAAUGAUGAGUUUGGGUGAGCCUUUCCGGUCAGUGAGUGAGUCCGUCAGCCGGGUCAUUGAGUCCGUCAGCCGGGUCAUUGAGUCAGUCAGCCGGGUCAUUGAGUCCGUCAGCCGGGUCAUUGAGUCCGUCAGCCGGGUCAUUGAGUCAGUCAGCCUGGCAAGUUUACGUGACACUCCGGUUUAUGACGUAACGACACUCGCUCUUCCGACAGGAGUACUGUACUGUACCCAGAACAGUAUUGUAUACCAGUAUUUGUUAAACAAAAGAUUAAUUAAUAAGUGUUUAGAUAAGUAUAUUUUGCUUAUUUUGGGACUUAUAACAUCAAAUUGUGCUAAUGAAGUAAUAAAAAUAAUUCUAAACAUCUGAAUGAAGAAUAACCGCCACUUAAGAAUUUAACAUUUUCAGUAAUCUCCUUCAUUAUGAGGUAAAAUAAUGGCAUAUAUUUCAUCUAUAUUGACCUUGGCCAGUCCACUGGUUAUUUCAAGUUCUCAUAACUUAACCUAACCUCACCAAGAUAUGAUAAUUAAUACAAAAAAUACCAUAAGAAAUUCUACCUUGGAGUCCAUAAACUGAGAGACGCAGUGUAGUUGUGUGGAUGGUGUCGCUGACCAGACGAGCUGCUAUACUCUAUAAACACCCUCAUAUGAUAUACCGUUUAUAUAUCACAUCCAUCAUCUAAAGUAAUAACAUCUUACUACUGUACGCUGCCGCCUUGUUGUGGACCAGGAAAAUUAUAAACAGUAUUUACAAAGCGCAUUUAUCAUCAACGGAAUUUGUAUGUUAAAGUACUUGUUAUGGUUUCAAUGUACUAGAUCUAUGUUCCUUAACGAACAACUUAAGUGUUAUAUACUUGCCCAAGUGUCUAUCAAGUGUCUCAAGCGUGGAGGACACAUUGUCGUGUUGGUUGUGUAUACAAGGAAGCAGUUUGAGAGUCAAACCAAGAUGAUGUAAUAUUCCAAAACACAUUAUUAUUAUUAUGAAAACAAAAAAAUAUCUAAAUUCAAAUUACUAAAAUUCGAUUAUCGUACUGAUUUUUUCUUCACUUUUUCUCUCCAUUGGUUUGACGUUAAAACUUGACCCCAAAUUAGCUGCUACUGUACUGUACACCAUGAGCUUCAUUACUGUAGUUGGUUAUGUCCGCUGCCUCCCGCCAGAGUGUUUGGCUCAGCUGGCCGGAAGUGAGAGGUGACAUAGCCUCUGUGUUCGUGCUCUUGUUGUUAAUUAUAAUGAUAUACAUUGGCUUAUGACCAUACUACUCUGGAAACAUUGUAGUAAAAAACGAUCAUAAUAUAAUGUAUGACGUCACUGUAUGUGUGUCUCAUCUUACAAGUGUGUAUAAUGACGUGGGGGCCUUCACAAGUAUUUUAACUAUAAUCAUUAAUUUUUUUUGUCGCGUGAAUAUUACAAUGGCGUGCCAAUACCUGUUACAAAAAUAAUUUAUUCUAAAAGAAAACUAAAUAAAUUAACAAUUGUUGGUUAGUAUACUGUAUACAGUACAGUACGAUGGUAAAUUAUUAUAUUCUAUUUUAAUCACCUUUAUGUACACGAGUGUUACUGUGCUGAACAUGUUUUUAACUUGUACAAAAACAGAUUUAAAAAAGAAGAUAUUUUGAUGUUGAACUUUAAGUAUAAUAUAAUGAGUAAGUGCGCUCGUGUUCCUUUGUAUAACUUCUGUAUCCGUUGUGAACUUGUAGAUAAUAUAUUUUAGUGGAGUGUUGGC